GUUUUCAUUCCUUGAUUCUACCACGGGACGACCCAUGUGAUCCUCUGUACACCAGCUUUCUGCACCACCACUGAAGAGGACUCGUGUAAAUUAAUAUCACUGCAACUAGCAGAAAACGUGGGACACGUCGACUGUGAUCUGCUCCAUCUGACCUUUCAUCGCUGACCACAACACAUUGUGAACGACCAGCAAGGACCAUGUCUCAGAUGUCGGUACCCUACGACUAUUUACGACUGACUGUCUGUGAUGUAUCCGGAAAGUCCAGAGGAAGAAUUCUUCAUCGCCGCCAUGCCGAACACGUCUGUAGAACUGGGGUCACUGUAGGAGUAGGCGUUCCUGCGUCACUGCAAAAGGAUUUUGGCUUUGUAAUCAUUCCCGAUCUCAGCACAAUAAAGGCUAUUUCCUGGGAUGGGGGGGAACAGUUCAAGGUCGCUGAGGUCAUAUGUGACGCGUAUUGGUUAAAAGACAAGACUCCUGUUAACUGUUUUCCAAGAUAUGCUGCUAAACAACAACUCCAACGAUUGGCCAACAAUGGGUAUACGAUUUUGUCAGGAUUCGAGAUGGAAUACAUGUUGUAUUACAAAGACCUACCUGCGUCUGGAAGAUGCCGAAUGCAUCACUUGGACCACACAAAACACAGUGCAUUUCUUUACGCCUUAGACAAUGGCAUGCAUAAUGCAGGUGUUGACGUUGAAAACUUUCAUACAGAGUGGGAUGCUGGACUCUUCGAGGGAGUUUUAAAGGCAUCCAAAGGCAUCACAGCUGCUGACUGGGCUUUUACCUUUCGAAGUGGAACUCUUGAAGUAGCAACUAAGCACACAGAUUAUGAAGUCAGUUUUUUGUCCAGACAAGAAACAGGUGAAGUCGGAAUGCAUUACAAUCAUUCGGUGUUAUCGAUUGAAAGCGGUGAAAAUAUUUUCAGUGAUUCCAGCAAACCCGAUGGUAUAUCUGAUUUUGGAAGAUGUUGGCUUGGUGGACUGCUAAAACACUCUAGAGCUCUCUCAGCUUUCUGGUGUCCUACAGUAAAUUGUUAUGAUCGAUUGCACCGCCCAAGGAGACCAAGAACAAUAAACUGGGCUUUGGAAAAUCGUCUUUCGUCUUUUCGAGUUAAAGCAGAUACUGAUAAACAAGGCGUCUACUUUGAGAACCGCAUUCCAAGUGGGAGCAGCAAUCCGUAUCUGACUCUUGCAGCGACUAUAGCUGCAGGUUUAGACGGAGUACUCAAUAACCUGGAUUGUCCUGCUCAAUGUCCAGACACAGAGGAGCCAGCUGCUAACUCCAAAUCAGCCAAUACUCUACCAACCACUCUACCCGAGGCACUAUCUGCCCUCCAGGCAGAUUCUGACCUGGUCAAUAUUCUCGGAAAGGAGCUGGUGGAAUGGUUUCUCGUAGUUGCUAAUCGAGACAUUGAACGAUGCAACUGAUAAAUGUCUUCUAGCAAUUGCAUUCCAAACCACUUAUUCUCUAUUGUCGACUAGACAUACUAGAUAACUGUCUUAGUGACUGUCUUUACUAGUCUUCUUGGUACAUUCGAAAAUGUCCACAGUUACUCUGUCACAAGACGCAUCCUACUUGUGUGGGGACCUACUUUUGUAUAUGUCAUCAUCGAACACCCCGAGUGUCUGGUGCCAAUUA